UUGUAUUCCUUCACUCAAAACGUGCCAAACGGCACACGGGGUUCGACCGGAGACGCAGAGUAACGUGUUUUAUUUGUCGUAUUUCUGCUCGAACCGAGCCGCACUGUGCAGAAGGUAAGCGGAGCUGUAAGUCGUGGAUGCUGGAGUAGAGACAGCGGUUGCUGAGCUCAGAGCCUGAUCAUGGUGAAGCUGGAGCUGGACCAGGUGGUGAUAAGGAGGAUGAAGGAGGAAGACAUUGAGGUGGUCAAAGCCCUUAUUAAGGAGGGCUGCGAGGGCACAGAAAACCGUCUCAUCCUCCACAUCCUCACUCGUCCCUUCUGCCUUUUCAUCCUGGCUGUCUUCUCCUCAGUACUGCGCUGCCUUGUCCACUCCUUCGUCCUCGCCCUCGCUAUCCCCGUUUUCCUCCUCAUCGUCUUCCUCAAGAUCACCAUGCCACGGUCGACCGGGGUCUUGGGUAGCAGCAAACCGUACUGGGACUAUGUGGGUAGCAGCUACAAAGGCAAGCAGGAUGAGACUCUGCAGAAUCUCUACUGCAGGAUCAGCGGAAAGACUCCGGUGACCAAAAAGCCAAGGCGGAGAAUUGGAGCUAAAGACAGAGACAAAGACAUGUCGGCAGAAAAGAUCACCCCCGAACGGGAGCAGGCGGCGGGCCACGUCUGGCUGGGAGACUGCGAAGGGGAGGUCCUGGGCUGCAUCUUCCGGGAGAGCGAGACGCGACCCGGGGUCAGGAGAAUCUGCAGGGUGGUGACGAGCUGCUGGUACCGCCGGGAGGGCCUCGGUCGGCUGCUUGUGCAGAGUCUGGAGCAGAGAGAAAGAGAGACUGGAGCUCACAGAGUGUAUGCACACGUGCCAUACCCCUCCAAGUUGGGGGAAGCCUUCUUUAAAAAACUGGGCUACCUGCAGCUGGGAGAGGAGAAUAAUGAAGAGGACAGUGAUGAGAUUAACCUAGAGACUCCAGAAAGAGGAUUUUUGGGAUACCCGCUCACCAAGGUGUUUUACAAAGACUUGUGACUGAGUGAUCAGAGUGGUCAUGUGCGUUUAAAAAGUAAGACCGUAGCUGCAAACUGGAUCACUGCUGAGGCUCAUAAUGUCAUUGCUGCAGCUAGAUUGUUUUAUUUUUUGUUUAAUUCAUAAUUUAUGAAGUCUUUGUGUUAUUUAUUCAAGUAUUUAUUUUGGUUUUGUGUUGCCAUUACUGCUGUUACGUCAUUCAUUUUUUAUCAUCUAACUGUUUUUCACAUUUCACAUUCAUUGUUUAAUAAUCUCAAACAACUAUCAAUUUCUGAUGAAGUAAAAUAUUUAUACAGUG